AGAAAAAAAAAAGGAAAAAAGAAACAGAAUGGCAGAAAACCUAGACGAGAAGUCUGCGGAAAGGGGAAAGAACUAGAGCAUCGCGUGGAGAGAGGAAGGCGGCGGCAGCAGCGGCCGGUGGGAGAUGUCGAUCCUGUGGGAGAAGAGCGCGGGGUGGCGAUGGCUAGUUCGGCGGACGCGUGACUCGAAGCCCUUCUUCUUCACCUUCGCGGCACUGUGCGGCGUCGUCCCCGGCGUUAUCGGCUACGGCGUGAUGCAGCUCACCAGCUCCCGCAACGAACAGCUCGAGGCCCACCUUCGCUCCACGGCCCGACCUGAGACCACGAUGAUGGGGCAAGUAAACAGGGAGAGACUGGCGGAGUUUCUUGGCGAGCUGCAACGGAAAGAGGACACGAAUGACAGAUACAUUGCUGCACUGAAGGGUGAAACUCUGACUAGGAAGCGCUAUGAACGCAUUCAGGCUGUGCCUGCCAACGACCAAGCGGGCCAGGAGACGACUGCCAAGGCCAGUGCGGAGGAGAAACCCAAGGCAAAGUGAUUCCACUAGCAAGAUGUGCCCUAGUCGAAUCACUCACUGAAUAUACACAUGCUUGAGCAUCAUCAUAUAAACGGUCAACGCCAUUGAACGUCGUUACGCUUGAGUAUUUUGACUCUUCUUCUGUUUUAAACGCAGCUGUUGUUAGCAGCUGUAAAUUUUUCGUCAUCAGCGUAUCUCUCUUUGGUCGAAUCUUUGGGCGGUUCAAUGGAUGCUAGUAGCAGCGCUCUCGGUUCUGCCGAGACUCUUGUUUUUGUGUGUGGUCGCAUUGUUUUGGCUGGUGGAUUUAGUACUAGAACACAUGGUAAAA